UAAUCCAACUCACAAUAAUUGAGACGCAUGAUCAUCGGUUCCCCAUCUCAAUCGUCUGUGACGACAAUGAGCGGGACUUGCAAGUACUCGUGUGACACUGCUACAGACACCCUCCGAUGGAUCAACGCCAUCAUCGACUUCCUCAGACCCUAUGCCUUCUUGAUACACAGUCACGUGGUCAAUUUCUUCAAGGAUAGACAAUGGGAAGCUGUUGAUAAAGAAUGGAUGGAUUGCCUGAGGAAGGACCCUGUUGAAAAUCUUCUGCUUAUUCCUUCUGGAGUGGUCCAGGAUCACUGGCCUGUUUCGCUGAAGGAUUUUGUACUAAACUUGAGGUCUCUUGUCUUUCCAAGAGAGCCGGCGGACUUGCACAUGUCAUUACCAGACCUGCACAUGGUUUCAGUAAAUAGCGUUCUUGCUCAGGGCAUGAAUAUGAAGAAAAAACAUGAAGUAGAAGUUCUUUCUGCUAUUGUUAGUUCAAUUGCUGACAGUGUAAGAGCUCAUACCAUUGUCGAUGUUGGUGCUGGCCAGGGUUAUCUUGCACAAGUAUUAUCCUUUCAGUAUCAACACUCUGUGAUUGCGAUUGAUGCAUCUUCUCACCAUGGAAGGGUCACAGAUGCACGUGCAGAGCGAAUAAAGAAGCAUUAUGCAGCUCAAAUGCGUAAAUCUAAAUCAGGAAACUGGAGGUUCAAUGUGCCCAAGAUAGUCACAUGUCGUGUAAUUUCCGUUGACAUGUUGAAAACAUUGACGGGCAUGUCUCUUCAUAAAGGCGAUGCUGAACACCUUGGAUUUUUUGAAGAAGAUAACACAAAACUUAUAGAAGAAAAACCAAAAUCUCAAUGUGUUGCAGACAGUGGUACUUCAUUGGUACUUGCAGGACUUCAUGCUUGCGGUGAUCUAUCAGUAACAAUGCUUAAGGCCUUUUUGGAGUGCAAAGAAGCUAAAGCUGUUGUUAGCAUUGGGUGUUGUUACAACUUAUUGUCCGAAGAAGGUGCUGACAAUAUUGAAACCCACUGUGGAUUUCCUAUGAGUAGUGGUGUUAAGUCAGUUGGCUUUCCACUUGGAAAGAGUUCUCGUGAUCUUGCUUGCCAGAGUGCUGAGCGAUGGAGAAGCCUGGGAAAAGAUGACGGCCUUCAUAAUUUUGAGUUGCAUUCUUUUCGUGCUGCUUUCCAGUUGGUUCUUUCUAAAUAUUAUCCAGAAGUCAUGGAAACAAGCCCUUCUAUUGGUCGUCAAGGAAAGGCUUUGCGUCGCAGACAGCAGAGGAAAGUGGAAGCUCCAUUGCAUCAUAAAGAAGUUGCAUGUCCACAUUUUCAUCCAAACCAGAAAGGAAGUUUCCCUAACAUAGACCCCAAUGAACCUGAAACAGAUGAAACAUCACUCUUGGCAACAGACAAAGAUGCCUUAUUGAAUGGAAUUUCAUCCUGUGAGAGUACAAGAUGUGAAGGGCCUAAAUCUGUUGACAAAUAUAAACAUUUUGAGAAGUUCACCCGGUCUGGAUUAUGUCGUCUUGGUCUCAAACCUUUGGAGAGGAUAAAUUUUCAUGAAAUAUGGAAGGAAGCAGAGCCAUUCACUGAAUUUAUAGGACCUUACUGGUCCCUUAGAGCUGCUUUGGGGCCUCUUUUGGAAACUUUUCUUCUGCUUGAUCGAUUAUUGUUCCUCCAGGAGCAAGGCCAUUCAGUUGAGGUUAUGAUGAUACCUAUUUUUGAUCCAGAGGUAUCCCCAAGAAAUGUUGCUAUAAUUGCAAGAAAGAAUUUGCCACAAAUAUGAUAACUUAGCCAAAAGAGGGGAAAAAACCUGCAAUAUUAACAGAUAAUUUUGAUGAUUCAGCUAGAGAACAAGAGUAUGAAGUUUUAACAAAAUAUGAUGAUCGUAGUGGAAUAAGAGUCUAAGGGUACAAGUGCUUAUUUGAGAGUCGUAGUUAGUAAAUUAAUUUAUUUUCGGUAUUUUAUUUUGAUAAGUUAAGGAUAUUUUCGAAUUUUUUGUAAGUUUUUAAUUUAUGUUAUUGAGAAUUUCUUUGUUGUCCCAACGAAGGAACAUGGAUAUUUGGAUUGAGUAAAUGAAUUAAUAUUUAAUAGAGUUUUC